AUGUAUGUGAUUGAUGAAGAAGUAGGAAGUGUAUGCGAUGUGGCGGCAGAAAUAGUUUUGAACAGAGCAGAUGUAGUUAAACAUCAGAUGAGCAAAUCAAAUACCAUUGAUGAGUUUUCACAUUAUUUGUUUCAUGCAGAUAAGGUAACUUUAAGUACGGGGAUAAUGCUCGGAAGGAAGAUGAUAAUGAGUGAUAGGCGGGUUAGUAUUGAAGAGAAAGUGCUCGAUGAGUUUUUUGGAUCAGCAUUGCUGUACUCGCUGCCACAAAUGUAUCACAAUAUUGACCACCUGGUUAACACAUUGUGUUUUGGAGGGUUUAUGUUAAGGGAGAUUGAGAAGAGAGAUGAAACAUGCAUAUGGCAAAGAACUUGUUUUAUGAUAUCUUUGUGCCUGCAUGAUAUUGGACAUCCUGGAGAGCCAAGUAGGAAUGGGAUUGGGAUGCUCUGCAAUGCAUACGGAUGUGGAGAAGAGACAAUGUCAUUUGAGGAGAUUCAUGCAACAAUUAGCAACAGGGUGGUUAAUGAAUACAAGAAGGAGCUAUUUGGAGAGAUGAAAGGAGCAGAUACUGAUGAGUGUGUUAAGCUUGUGCGAAGGCUAAUAUUUGCAACUGAUCUGAGAAUGAAUAAGGAAGUGAUUGAUGAGUUUGAUCUGAAGUAUAUUGUCAAUGGAGAAGAAGGAAGGAUCAGGAAUGGCAAGAGAAGAGAGGUGGGAGAGAUAGAGCUUAAGAUGAUCAUGAAGCUAGCAGACCUGAGCGCAUGCUAUAAAGACUAUGUGAUUUUUGAUAAGAACUCUGAGUUAUUUUGGUCUGAGGUAUGGGAUGUGGAACGAUAUUCAAGAGGAGUGAACGAGAUACAUGAAGAUAUAAACCUGUUGGAGAAGAUAUCGAUCCCUCUGAUUGAUUCGUUUUCUAUGGUGUUUGAGGAGUUUAGGAUGCUGUGCUAUAGAGCAAGGCAGAAUCUAGAAAAACAUAAGAAAUAUUAUGAUGGUUUGAAGGUAAGCAUGGAAAUGUUUUAA